UUUUGAUAAAUUUGUGAUUUCAGUUUAAAUUUUACAGAAAAGUUAAGGAAGCUUGGUCAAUAGUGUGUUCACGAAUUUCUAAAAGGCUGUGAAAUCCACCUUAAGAAUUAAAACGAGAAGGUGUAGUUUUCAGCGGUCGUUUCACACAAGGAAAACCACGGAACUGUAAAAAAUGCCUGCAUAUCAUUCAACGUUAACGGACUACACUCAGUCGAUCGGCAACCUGGCGCUGCUGCCGCUACGCACGGCCAACCGGGGACCCGCCCCGAACAACGCCAAGUUGGAACUGGACAUUAUCGAUGAAGCACUUAAUUAUUUUAAGGCUAAUGUGUUUUUUAGGUUCUAUGAAAUUAAGUCUGAUGCAGACAGAGUGCUCAUCUACUUGACUCUGUACAUCUCGGAGUGCCUGAAGCGGCUCCAGAAGUGCUCCAACAAGAACCAGGGCCAGCAGGAGAUGUACAUGCUGGCCAUAUCCAAGUUUGACAUUCCCGGGGAAGCAGGGUUCCCACUCAACUCUGUGUAUGCCAAGCCCUCUAGUCCUCAGGAAGCUGAUUUGAUGAGACAGUAUUUACAGCAACUGCGACAUGAGACUGGUGCUAGAGUCUGUGAAAAGGUGUUUGCCACAGAAGACGGAAAGCCCAGCAAAUGGUGGCUCUGCUUUGCCAAGAGGAAAUUCAUGGACAAGUCCCUUUCCGGACCCGGACAGUAAAACAGGACACAAAACAUUUAUUUACUUGUAUUUAUAUUAUAAGCAUUUAUUUUACUUAUCAUGAUUCUUACACAUUUUCCUUCUGUAUAAAAGUGGGUAGAAAUGUAAUUUAUACACAAAGAAUUUUAUUGUUUCAUCAUAUAUGUAAAAGUAUUAUAGCAAUAAAAUACUGAAAAUAUUUAGCCUUUGAUUUGGGCAU